AUGACACACUUUGCAACCAACAAUGGAAGCGGAUUCGACACAGCUGCCAUACAUACAGCAUCUUCAAAAGUUACUAUGGUGGUGGUACUAGACGUUGAUAAGUUUUUGAACAGGAGUGACUUUUUGUUAUUGUUACACGGGGAGUGCGAAUGGCCGUGGGAAGAGACGCACUUCCUACGAGCGCAAAGUUGUGGUGCAUGCCAUGCGGUUGUGAAUCCGCAUGAGAUCAUGCAUAUCCGCAUGGCCAUGAGCCAUAACGACAUUCGCCUCCUGCUGAAGGCCAAACAUUUCUGGUGUGAGUGUGAUCAUGCGGUGUACGACCACUAUCCGCCAGAUGAAUGUGCAUCGUGUGCAUAA